UAUUUAAACCACACUAAUCAUUUUGCUGGUUGAUGUAUAUUUAUUUAUACCAUAGACUGGAUAUAAAUGAAAGAAUAAAUUGAUAUAGUUGAAAUGGUGUUUCUCACUGUAUUAAAUUAUGUUAGAGACAUUUAACUUGCAUGACCGUUAUCAUAAUUGCGGCGAGAGAAAAAUUAUCAGUGACACUUAGUAAUAAUUACAGUUAUGCUGAAUGUUGCUUUACAACCUGUCGUACAAGAAUUCUGAUUCCACUAGAAUACCUGCUACCAAUAGUUUCUGGAUCCUUAUAUGUUUGUAGUGUACAUAACUUCUCUUAACUCUAUCCAUAAAUAUUAAUGUAGAUCUGCAAGUCUUUUUGUAUGCAAUAUGUGUGCCACUUGGAGAUGUCCCAGCCAGCAACAAACAUUGCAAGUGUUAUGUAGAAAGUAUUUCUGCAUUGCAUAUUUCCUACACAUGUAAACAGAGUCCCAUGUUUGGACAUCAUAAGACAAGAAACUGAACCAUAAUAGAUUAUAACCACAGGCAUCGGUUUUGAGAGAUUUCUUAAGAGUUAAUAUGGAGGAUGGUAAUUACUCAGACACUAUAAAUUCAGUUAAACAGACAUCCAGUGGUGAGAUAUUAUCAUGUAAAGAAAGUCCAUUAGAGAAACAUAUUAAAUGUGAAAUUUGUGGAAAAUCUUUUGCGAACAGAAGUAAUUUAACAACGCACAAAAGAUUACAUACAGGAAAAAAACCAUUUCGAUGUGAAAUUUGUGGAAAAUUAUUGAAUCAGAAUGUUCACCUUAUCGUCCACAAACGUAGUCACACUGGAGAAAAACCCUACAACUGUGAAACGUGUGGAAAAUCAUUUGCGGAUAAUAGUUAUUUACGAAAUCACAAAAGAAUCCACACUGGAGAAAAUUCUUUUGAGUGCGAGAUAUGUGGAAAUUCGUUUACCCAUAAUUCUCAACUUGUUCUCCACAUCCGUAGACACACUGGAGAAAAGCCAUUCCACUGUGAAAUAUGUGGAAAAUCAUUUGUUGGUAAUAGUUCUUUAACAGCUCACAAAAGAAUCCACAUUGGAGAAAAACCUUAUCACUGUGAAACUUGUGGGAAAUCCUUUGUCAAUAAUAGUUGUCUAACAAUUCACAAAAAAUUCCACACUGAUGAAAAACCUUACCACUGUGAUAUAUGUGGAAAAUCGUUUGUGUAUAAGUGUGAUGUAACACGUCACAAAAGGAUUCACACAGGAGAAAAACCUUUCUACUGUGAAAUCUGUGGGAAAUCUUUUGCCAGUAAUGGCUAUUUAACAAUUCACAAACGAAUUCACACUGGAGACAAACCGUUUGACUGUGAAAUAUGUGGAAAAUGCUUCAUCAAUAAAUCAACACUUGUUACACAUGUACAGAUUCAUAGCAAAGAAAAAACCUAUCAUUGUGAUAUAUGUGGGAAAUCGUUCAUUAUCAAUUCUCGUCUUGUAGUUCAUAAAAAAAUACAUUCUGGGGAAAAACUUUUCCACUGUGAAAUAUGUGGAAAGGCGUUCCUUAAUAAUGGUGUACUUGUUUGUCACUUAAGAGUACACACCGGAGAGAAACCAUUCCAUUGUGAAAUAUGUGGUAAAUCAUUCUCUGAUAAAUCUAAUCUUAGAGGUCACAUUCGUAUCCACACUGGUGACAGGCCAUGGCACUGUGAAAUAUGUGGAAAAUCAUUCAUCUAUCAAACUUACUUAAAUAAGCACAAGCGAAUACACACAGGAGAGAAGCCUUAAAUUAGCUUUUAAAUGAGCUACAUCUGGCCCAAAUAUUCUAUCUGUUUUAUGUUCAGACUCACCAGAUCCAGCCUCAAACACCUACCCUAUGUUGUCAUUCUAAAAAUAAACAAACACCUUCAUUGAAAUCUUGAAGCUACAAGAGAACGUAUUUUUAAUUCAAAACUAUGUGAAGAAACAGUAUUAUAUUUAACUCAAUAAAGAAUGUACUCCAAACAGAGCUAGACAAUGCCAUAAGUGUCAGACUCUUCAAUAGCAUCAUCGUUCCUAUGCUCUUAUAUGCAAGUGAGACAUGGGCUACUGUGAAGAGGACAGGACAUUGAUUGGGUCAAAUGCAAAAGGCCAUGUAAAGAUCCAUGUUAGGAUUAAGAGAGCACGUUUGAAAUGAGAUAAUUCGAGAACGGAGCAGAGUGAAUGAUGUGAUCGCAGAAUACCAAAAGCACAAGUUCCACUGGGCUGGACAUGUUGCAAGAUGGACUUGUGCAGUUACCAAGUGGUAUCCAAGAGACUUUUAAGUUGAAGUGUAAAUUCAAUUGUUUCAUAAAAACAUCUUAUAAAAUUUUAAAUAAAAAUUUGUUAAUGAUAUUUUCAAAAUAAUUUCUGUAACAAAAUAUUAUUUAAUAAAAUUAUCUCCAUACAUAAUUUACACAAA